AUGAGGUCAAGAGCCUCAAGCCAAAAUUUACAACAAAAAACGUUAAAUUCAGAAUCAAAUACUCCAUUAAAAGAACCAAAACAAGAACCAUCAACAAAUUUUAAUGAUUCUCUUUGUUCCCCUUCUGAUAUUUCGACAACAGUUUGUUACUGUAAUGGAGAGCGUAAACUUGGAGGUUUGGAAGUACAAUGUUCUGGAUGUAAAAGAUGGUUUCAUCAAGAAUGUUUCAAAGAUUUGGAAAAUUUUGGUGGUCUUCCAUUUAUGGUUUCUUAUAUGUUUUGUUGCAGAGGUUGUUCACCUGAAAACAAGGAGAAAUGGAAUAUUCGUAGCACAAGUUAUUCUUCAAUGGCUGUAAUGGCAUUAGCUAACAUGACACUUGAAUAUUUUAUAAAACAAUAUGGCCUUUCAAAUAUUUCUUCAAUCAAAGGCCCUAAUCCUUUCUUUUCAAUUGAUCAAGAAAUUGUGCAAUAUAUGGACAAAAAUUGGGAAUAUUUAUCAACAACGCCAAAACGUCAAAAGAAAACUUGGCACCAAACAAUUUUGAAAAUUUUACAAAAAGAAACUGAACUUUUUAUACAAGAUUCUAAGGGGUGUUCUUUUGCUUUGAAAGAAAAAGAUCUUUUACGGAUUGGUCCAAUGCAUGAAUCUAUUUUACAGAUAUUUAAAAGAGGUCGAGAUGCCGCAGAAAGAGAAGCAAAUUCUUUACAAAUUUCUGAACAACAAAUUUAUCAUUCAUUAAAUUUAGAAAAUUUUAGUGAAGGGCCAAAAACAAGAGGAGCAAGUAAAAGAAAAGCAGCUACUUCAAAUAAUGGAGAAGGAUUGGAUACAAAAAUUAAUUUAAAUAUUCCUUUACAGAAAAAAGCAAAAAUGGCUUCUGAAUUUGCAACAGUUACAAUUAAUGGACAAUCAGGAAUUGAUUUUCCUUUUAAUAGAGAAGGAUAUCGUUAUUAUUUGGUAGAAAAAGAUCCAAAUAUUUUAAAUAGAGAUCGUUUUGACAGAGAAGAAGUAAAUAAUACUAGAGCUGUCCAAAUCCCUUCACAUAUUCACAGAAUUGUUAUUCCCCAAAUAGUAACACUUUCACCAAAUGAUAGGGCUAAUCAAUUAAUUUUGGAUGCAGACAAUUUAACUUUAACUGGAUGUGAUGGUUAUUCUUCUGUUAGGGCAACACAUUCUGUUGGUCAUGGAAAGUGGUAUUUUGAGAUGGAAUUUUUAAGUCAACCCGGAGAUUCACAUGUUCGCGUUGGAUGGGCCCAAGCUUUUUCUCCAUUACAAGCUUGUAUUGGAUAUUCUAAAUUUAGUUAUAGCUGGAGAAGUAAACGAGGAACUGUUUUUAAUGAUGGUUAUGGUCGUAGGUAUUAUCAACGAGGAUUUAAACAAGGGGAUAUUAUCGGUUGUUUAAUUGAUUUACCUUCUUUGGAUGUUGGAAAGGAUAAUAAUGUUGCUACAUCAAUCAAAAUUUCCGAUAUUUUGCCUCCUUCUUGGAAAGACUGUGAUUUAAUUAAAUUUAAACAAAAUUAUUUUUUUGAAGAAAAAGAAGAAAUACAACAAGAAAUUCAAAAAUUACAGCCUCUUCCAAAUUCUAAAAUUGAGUUUUUUUUAAAUGGGCAAAGUUGUGGAGUAGCUUUUCAAAAUAUAUUUACUGGCCAUUACUUUCCUGCCGUUUCUUUAUUUCACUCUGCACGUGUUCGACUAAAUUUUGGACCAAUUUUUCGAAGAAUUCCAGAAUGUGUCAAAAAUGGUAAUGUUAAACCAAUGAGUGAAAGACCUAAUCAAAUGCAAAUAGAACAAGUUUUUUCUGAUAUUUUAUAUAUGGUUGUUAAUGAAGAAGAAUUAAAUAGAAGGAAUGUAGAUUUUUUCAAUGCAAUUUUAAUGAAAGAAAAGAUUUAA